GACCAAUAGGAGGCGGGGAGCCAACCUGUGACAGUUGAUACUCGACGGUCAGCAGCAACGACUUUAAUCAAACAGAAGAUUUCAUAACUUUCUUUGAUUUAAAGGGAAGAUAUUGAUUAAAAUAAUAACAUCUUUUCAUGUAAGAAUUUGCUGAACGACCUGAUACCGUUAUUUUCCUGUCGACUUCUCAACCAUGGAUGCCGAGGGCCCCCAGGCCCUAUAUGACCUCUGCUUGGCUCAGGUGUGCCACAGCCUGCACGCUCUGUGCAGCAGGCGAGCGGACAGCUCCAUGUGCCUCAGCUGGGCCCCACUCUUCCCACAGGAGAUGGCUGACCAGCUGCUGCGUAAGAUGGCAACCAAAGGGAUACUGAAUGACACAACUGUUGGGAUUUUCCGAAACUCCAAAGAGCUCCGCCUGCGCCGAGCCUCCAUCCGCUGCUGUCCUGUGUCUGCAGAAGCCUUUCGCUUGGCCCUCUGCCCUCACCGGCUCCAGGAACUAGAUGCCUCCUGUGUCUCGGGGGGCCUCACAGGGGCUAACAUCGUCUCAAGCCUGGCCUCCAACCCGGAGUGCAGAUCCAGCCUGCAGAGGUUAUCCCUCAAUGGGCUACAUCUGGACUGGGAGUCUCUGGGGGAGGAUGGAGGGACCCGUGUUGGCUUCAGCUCCCUGCAGGGCUUGAGGACGCUCAACCUUGCCAACACAGACCUGACUGAUGCUGUCCUUGAGGAUAUCUGCACUCUCCCUCAGCUGGAGAGCCUGGAUAUCUCCUGCAGUGCCGUCUCAAAGCUUACUGCACUGCUUGAUUGCAAGAACACCCUGAGAUCUCUCAUCACCCACCGGCUGCGGCAGCUGGAUAUGUCACCUACCAGGUUGCUCUUUGUCCUCAGCCAGCUUCACACUCUCAGGCAUCUAGACUUUUCAGAUGACCAUUUUACUGUGGACGACAGCGACGGGAGAGAUGGGGAUGAGACAGUGCGGCAGCUUCUGGAGGGGAGUCCCCAGGUCCUCCCUUCCCUUGUUUCUCUAGAUAUCUCUGGACGGAAGAGAAUCACUGAAGCAGCAGUCAGAGCGUUUGUGGAGGCCAGGAGUGGACUGGUUUUCUUGGGCCUGCUGGCCACUGGGGCUAGCUCCUGUGAUCUCCUGUCUUCACAGAAAAAUCUAAAAGUAACUGGAGAGGCUAAUGAGAACCAGGUGUGCGAGGCCCUGAGAAGGUACAGAGACCGUGAGUGUUUCAUACGAGAGGCCCUCGUCCAUCUCUACAAUCUAAUCACUGACAUUGACAAACCACGACCAGAUAUGCUAAAGCUGUUGCUGAGUGGGAUGCAGAACCACCCAACCUCCCUGCACGUCCACCUGGUGGCCACAGCGUGUGUGUUCAACCUGACCACUCAGGACCUGGCAGAGGCCAUGCCUGUCAGCCUGCUCAGCUCCACUGUCACGCAGCUGCUGUAUGCCAUGAAGACCUUCCCCAACCACCAACAGGUGCAAAAGAACUGUCUGCUGGCGCUCUGCAGUGACUACAUCCUUCAGGAUGUCCCUUUUGACAAGUAUUUAGCAGCCACGCUGGUGAUUAACUGGCUGAGCAGCCACGAGGAUCCUACCCUUCAGAGGAUGGCUGUGGCUGUCAUCUCCAUUCUGGUGGCCAAGUUGUCCACAGAGGAGACCGCUCAGCUCGGCAGGGACGUCUUUAUUAUGAAGCAGCUGCUGGCUAUUGUGCAGCAGAAAGCCAUGGUGGGAGUGGUGGACUCCACGCUGAGAUUUGCCCUGAGUGCUCUGUGGAAUCUGACCGAUGAGAUGCCCACUGCUGCUCGCAGUUUUAUCGAGUGCCAGGGCCUGGAGCUGUACGAGGAGGUUCUGGAGUCCUACAACACUGAACCUUCCAUUCAGCAGAAAGUUCUUGGCCUCCUGAACAACAUAGCAGAGGUGGAGGCGUUACAGGCGGAUCUGAUGGAGGAGGACCUGCUGGAGCACAUCCUCAGCCUGCUACAGGAUCCCCAGGUGGAGGUGGGGGUCCGUUACUUUGCAGGGGGGAUUCUGGCACAGCUCGCUUCCAGACCGGAGGCCUGGACUCUGGACGACGAGCUCCGCAGCACCAUACUGAAGCAGCUGCAUGCAUCCAUAAUAACGUGGACCCAACUGGAGAGAGAAAUGGUCUCUUACAGGUCGUUCCGUCCAUUUUGCCCUCUGCUUCAGACGUGUCAGCCCUCAGGAGUGCAGCUGUGGGCAGUCUGGGCCAUACGGCUGGUCUGCAGUCAAAACACUUCACAUUACAGCAGCCUGCUGGAGAAGGAGGGCGUGACUGAACUUCUGAAGUCUUUGGCUGCUCACCCCGACACACACAGCGACAUUAAAGGACUAUCAGACAGCAUCUUGCGUAUGGUAGAGCAACACCAGAGUCACUCAGGGCCCUUCAACAACCACAUGGGCCCUUGAAACUCUUGACAAAAGUGAUUUAAUAUUUGCACUAUUCUGAGGUCAAAUUGCUGUUAAGUUUGAAAAUGUUUGACCUUAAUAAAGUGUUCCAAAUAAACUGAAA